AUGCUUUCUGAUUCAUACAAGCGUAAUCAACGAGCCACUCCUAAAGUGUUGGAUCCUGAUUGUGGUCCUGAGGUUGUUAAACUGUCCAGUGUAGGAAACGACGUGGAGUUUCCAUCCGUUAGAGAAACAGGGGAUGUAAACGUAGAGUUGUCUUUAGACAUAGAUAAGAGAAACGUUAGUUCUUAUUGCAACUCCAACCCAGUACCUCGCAAUAACGUUGAAUAUACUGUUCGAAGCCAUUCCAUUCUCUCACCCGGACAUCUGUUGAAGGAUAGUACAUCAUCUACCGGGCCGCGUGGUUUUUCUGUUUCAAUAAGUGCGCGACAACCGGAGCAAAGGUCUCGAUCUGAUUUAUUCUCUUCGAACAUUAGAGAAUUACCAUCAGAUAGCUCUUUACUCCGUCCCUCUACUGUACGCACGCUGUCAAGUCGCCAGCGCCGAUUGUCACCCCAUAACUGGACCACUGUGUAUGAGAGGACAGAAAUCUCGUAUGUUAAACGGAUAACUUCUAAGUCUCCCUCACCUACAAGACCAUCUUAUUCAAACUAUGCAAUGACUUCUUCACGUACGUCAACAGGGAGACCCAGUACUCAAGUAGCAACAGAAGAGCAGAACUUUACACCUGAGGUGAUUAACCCACAUUACAGUUCGCCGUCAUCCAGGAGAGCUUACAGUCAUGAGCCAAUGCGUGGUUAUAGCACAGAAAAGCCUUCGAAGCGCUCAAUGAAUCGUCAGGUGCGCCAGCAGUCAUCGUCGACUUGUCGAUGGACAACUUUUGACGAUACUGUUAAUGUCCAUCACCCUAUCUAUCCUCCACGCCAAUCACCAUAUGUUCCUAUGAAGUCAUCGCCCUCGUCAAGGCGUCAACCAACAAAUACAUUCGGUAAAGUGCGCGAAGUGGCGGCUAUCGAACGCACUGAAUGGCUUCAACGCUCAGAUUACAUUCCACCAUCUAGACGAAGCGAUGAUAUCUUCACAAUUGGAACACCUUUUGUUAUUGGUCGUCAAGAAUGCGAUGAGAACGGUUGUGAAUACUUACGCUAUCAAGCAAGUGGAUUACGUGAAACAGAAUUUCCAAUGAUCGAAGAUGGUGCAACUGAAUGCCGUCGUGCGACUGUCGAACGACAAAACGAAACCCGUGCCAACAAGCACAAUAAACAGAAAAAACAAAAACAAACGAACGGAAACAAUCUUCAUCAACCUAAUAUCAUUAGUGAUGAAGAAAUGGAGCAACGACGUCGAACAAUGAGAAGAGCACGCCAACGUAUGCGAAACUACUGUACGAUGCUCUAG